CAGACGCCUGAGAGCCAAAGAGCGAGAUUCGCGCGCUCAAGGAUGGCCCGGGCCCGGGUGUCGCUCUGGGCCAUCUGCAUGCUGCGCGUGGCGCUGGCCACUGUGUACUUCCAGGAGGAAUUUCUAGAUGGAGAGCGCUGGAGGAACCGCUGGGUGCAGUCCACCAAUGACUCCCAGUUCGGCCACUUCAGAGUCUCGUCGGGGAAGUUCUAUGGGCAUAAAGAGAAAGACAAAGGCCUGCAGACAACUCAGAACAGCCGGUUCUAUGCCAUCUCUGCAAGCUUCAAGCCGUUCAGCAACAAAGGGAAGACCCUGGUAAUCCAGUACACAGUGAAGCAUGAACAGAAGAUGGACUGUGGCGGUGGCUACAUCAAGGUAUUUCCCUCCGACCUGGAUCAGAAGAAUUUGAACGGAAAGUCUCAGUACUACAUCAUGUUUGGACCUGAUAUUUGUGGAUUUGAUAUCAAGAAAGUUCAUGUUAUCUUAUAUUUCAAAAAUCAGUAUCAUUCGAACAAGAAGCCGAUCAGAUGCAAGGUUGAUGGCUUCACCCACCUCUACACCCUGAUUUUAAGGCCAGAUCUUUCUUACGAGGUGAAAGUUGACGGCCAGUCCAUUGAGUCCGGCAGCAUCGAGUAUGACUGGAACCUGACGUCGCUGAAGAAAGCAGAAACUCCAUCAGCAGAGGCUAGGGACUGGGACCAGGUGGACGGUGGCAGAGCCCAGGACUGGGAAAAGCAUUUUCUGGAUGCGGGUGCCAGCAAGCCAAGCGAUUGGAACAGUGAACUGGAAGGGGACUGGCUGCAAAAGCCACCAUACCAGGAUGGCCUGAAACCUGAGGGCAUCGAUAAAGAUGUGUGGCUCCACCGGCAGAUGAAGCCUGCCCACUACCUGACGCAGUAUGACCUCUCAGAGUUCGAGAACAUCGGUGCCAUUGGUCUGGAGCUGUGGCAGGUGAGAUCUGGAACCAUCUUUGAUAACUUCCUGAUCACGGAUGAUGAAGAGUAUGCAGAGCGGUUUGGCAAGGCCACCUGGGGGGAGACCAAGGGUCCAGAAAAGGAGAUGGAUGCCAUACAGGCCAAGGAAGAAGUGAAAAAAGCUCGCGAGGAGGAUGAGGAGGAGCUGCUGACGGGGAAGUUCCGCCAGGAGCUGCUGACGGGGAAGUUGCGCAGGCACGACAACCAUUUCAGCAGAUUCCACAGGCAAGGCGAGCUGUAGCCGUCCCCACUCUGAAUGAAGAGGACUGGCCCAGCCUCCACUAAUACACUCUGAAUGUCACACACGUCUGCAUGGUCAUUUGUCCAGUUCCUAAAAAACAAUUCCAUGUGUGUGCUGGGGUCCCCUAAUUUCCCCCAGUGCACAGAUUAGGAGGUUUCCCUCGGCUGCCUCUGGGGCACACACCUUUAAUCUCAGGACUUUGAGGCAGAGAUCUCUGGGAGUUUCAGGCCGGCCUGGUUUAUAUAUCACAUUCUAGGGCAGCCCUAGUUACAUAGUGCGACAUUGUCUUAAAAAAAAAGUUUCCUCUACAAAGAACAGACCACUGGAAGCCCAAGACCUGUAAGAGUCUGGCCAUAAAUGAUAUACCUUUUUGAACCUCUUAAAUAUUUUCAUGAAAUAAAAGAUGGUAAAAUGAAAUUUUAAAAAAUUAUUUAUUAUGUAUACAGUGUUUUGCCUGCAUGUAUACCUGUAGGCCAGUAGAGGACGCCAGAUCUUAUUAUAGAUGGUUAUGAGCCACCAUGUAGU